AUGGCAAAGACUAUGGACAUCACUUCGCAGCGUUGGCCCGAGCUGCUUCCGGCAAUGGAUGCCCAGCACUCCCAGGCAAUGAUGCAGUUUGUUGAUGUUGAGGAAGAGGACCUUCCAUUGCAAGAGCGGCCUCUACCCAAGACUUCCUCCCGUGCGUGGAUGGCAGUUCGAGUGGCCGCUGCGGUAGUGCUCGUUGUUGGAGGCAUGCUAGGGGUGGUUGAGGUCAUCGCUCCAAAGACAAUUCUCCUGCCUGAUCUCCAUGGAGCAUCCGGAGAUUGGAAGGCUGACACUCAAGUCCUUGGACUGAAUGAGAUGCAAAUGUCGAAGGGUUUGCCGGCCGAAGUGCAUGAGAUGAUGAACAAAAUGAGAAAGCUUGUUGCAGGGCGUGUGUUUCAAUACGACGAUCCUGUAUUUGACGACACACAGAAGGUGGAUUGCAGCAUCGACGUUGCUCAAACCAUCUUUCGACUCAUGGAAGCAGCAAACGCCAUCGUCCAAGCAGUAGACUUCGAUUGCAAAAAAAGUGGUGGAAUUGUUGGCCUGGCUACUGGCGGAGAAAGAGGCAAUCUACGAACAAACGAUGAUCGCUUGAGGUGUUCUUCCUCCAUUCUGACGGCGAUCUACUCCUUUGUAAUUGCCGGCACAGAGAUAGCAGCAUCGGUGUCAGAUUGCGUUCCAACCUAUGAUGUAAGGGCUCAAUGCGCUGCCCAGAUCACCUCAUUCGCUGGCAACUUGUUGGUUGCGGUCCAGUCAGGAAUCGGGGCGGACCUAGCAUGUGCACCAAACAAGGAGGCCAGACUCGCAUGGGCAAGACGCUGGCGUUCACGAACUCGUCGAAUUCCAGCGAGCAAUCCAGAUGACACUCCAGUCCUCAAAAAAAUCAAUGAGAUCCACCAGAAGCUUACCUUGCCUGCAGCCCCAUGGGAAAACUACACCAAUCCUGUCAAUGGCCGUGCAGUUUCCCGCUGCAUCGCGUUUGUUGGCUUGGGAACCACGUUUCUCAUGCGCAUGGGCACAGGUAUCACUGCCAGCAUCCAUCAGUGUGAUCCGUACACAAUCACAAACACAAAGUCUGGCCAGAGACUGUGUGCAGUGGACAUGAUGGGCCUCAUUGGUGCUCUUGGCUUGGCAACAUCCUUCCUGUCCGGGGCUGUGGAUGCAUGCGACCUGAUCAAGGGUGACGGUUUCAGAGAUGCUGCCUGUGCUGCCAGCAUUUCAGGCAUUGUUGGUGGCAUUGCUGCGGCAAUGGCAUCGGAUGCGCCGAGCCCUCUCAUCGUCAUGAUCAUGCAGACGAAGCGUUCGCCUGGCUCCUUGGCAGCAAUGCAAGGCGUUGGCCAGAAGCCAUCUCAAGUUGUCCCCGGCUGGGCAGAAGCUUUGCAGAUGAUGCGGGCCGGUGAGAAGUGGGAGAUCAUCUUGCCGAGCCACCUCGCGUAUGGCGACCGAGGGGUCGGCCCUAUUCCUCCUGGUUCGGUGCUCGUCUUCCAGUUGGAGCUGCUGGAGGUCAAUGCAGAAAGCAGUGGAAACUUGGGCAGCAUGAUCGCUUUGGGAGCUCUGCUGGCUGUGGGCCUUCUGGGCUUCCUCGCAGUAUGGCUCACCGGGACGAAGGCUCUUCCUCCAGGUCCCAUCGUUCCGCUCCAGCAUGUGACGCACGCAGCUGGUAACCCCCACGUUUUUCUGGAAGUAGAGGCUGGUGGAAGGCCACUGGGCAGAAUUGAGUUCGAGCUGUUCAAGGAGGUUGCGCCAAUGACCGUGGAAAACUUCCGUGCCCUGGCGACGGGCGAGUCAGGAGCGGGGCUUGCUGGCUCUCCACGGCACUUCAAGGGCUCUGUCUUCCACAGGAUCAUCCCGGGCUUCAUGUGCCAGGGCGGAGACAUCACCCAUGGUAAUGGAAGAGGAGGUGAAAGCAUCUAUGGCAAGACAUUCCGGGACGAGUGGGAACAUGGCCGAAUCCACCACACGGAGCCAGGCCUGCUUUCCAUGGCGAACCGGGGAAGGAACUCGAAUGGCUCCCAGUUCUUCAUCACCCUGGCAGCGACUCCCUGGCUUGACGACAAGCACGUGGUGUUUGGACGCGUCCUGUCGGGCAUGGAUGUUGUCAUUGAGAUGGAGAAGCGUGGUUCCAGGAAUGGCACGCCCAGCGAGGAGAUCACCGUCGUCAACAGUGGCCAGCUGGGCCUUGAUGGAAAGCCAAUGGUCAAUGACAACAUCAGUUCCACCGGGAGCUGA